ACUCUAGAAGCCUGGAGAGAUGCCCAGCUUGCCAGGCUCAGGGUGCGCGCUGCUGUGCGCCCUUCCCUGCGCAUCGAGGGUAGAGCGUAGACGGCGGGUCCCCAGGUGCCGAGCCAGGAUGGGGAGGUGGGAGGGACCUGCACCCCAGGACACGCCCUGCCAUUCCCCAGAGACCUGGAUCGGCUCAGCCCGGAUCCCGAUCGCUGGCGAUAUAAGUCAUCCGCGGAGGCAGAGGGCACGGCGUGGCCAGCCCGGACUCGAGGCAGGGCAGGCAGGCGCCGCUGCAUCGACCCCGCCACCUGCCACCUGGGCCGCUGCAGCCCCCUGUCUGCCUCCCCCACUGGGCAGAAGUCGGAGAGGACGGGUCUGCUGCCCGGCCGCGCAGGAGUGAGAAGCCAGGCAGAACUUCCACCUUUGGGACUGAAGCCCUCAUCCCCUUGCGCCGGAGUCCGCGUUGAGUCAGGAUGGUGGGACACACAGCGUCAGACGUGCCCCCUACCAUGGCGGUCAAGAUCUUCUCGGCUGGGGUGGCGGCCUGCGUGGCUGACAUAAUCACCUUCCCGCUGGACACCGCCAAAGUCCGGCUACAGAUCCAGGGCGAAUGCCUGACCUCCAGUGCCAUUAGGUAUAAAGGCGUCCUGGGAACAAUCAUCACUCUGGCAAAAACAGAAGGGCCAGUGAAACUCUACAGCGGGCUGCCUGCUGGUCUCCAGAGACAAAUAAGCUUCGCCUCUCUUAGGAUCGGCCUCUAUGAUACUGUCCAGGACUAUACAGAAAAAGGGGAAGAAAAGGCUAGUUUAGGAAGCAAGAUCUCAGCGGGUCUAACGACUGGAGGCGUGGCCGUGUUCAUUGGGCAACCCACAGAGGUGGUCAAGGUCAGACUGCAAGCUCAGAGCCAUCUCCACGGUCCCAAACCUCGAUACACUGGGACUUACAAUGCUUACAGAAUGAUAGCAACAACAGAAGGCUUGAUGGGGCUUUGGAAAGGGACUACUCCCAAUCUGACAAGAAAUGUCAUCAUCAACUGUACAGAGCUAGUAACGUAUGACCUACUGAAGAAGGCCCUUGUGAAAAACAAACUAUUAGCAGACGACGUGCCCUGCCACUUCGUGUCCGCUGUUGUUGCUGGAUUCUGCACAACGGUUCUGUCCUCUCCCGUGGAUGUGGUGAAAACCCGAUUUGUUAACUCUUCACCAGGACAGUACACAAGUGUGCCCAACUGCGCAAUGAUGAUGUUCAUUAGGGAAGGACCGUCAGCUUUUUUCAAAGGGUAGGAUGUGUUCUUCAGUAUCUACAAUGUUAUGUUCAGGGAUUCUGUGUGCUACGGUUGGGGGGCGGGAGGCAUCUCAUCUGAACAAUUGACAGCUGAGCAGCCUUAGAAUGUGCAGUGUACUUAAUGUCUACUUUUCUUUGCCAUAAAUCUCUCCAAUACACCAAUUCCACUGUGUCAGGAAAUUUAAAGCUGUGAUAGUAAAAUCUUCUCAAGCUUGAUCAGUGGCUCAUUCGAAACCGACAGCUUGUCCCUUGGUCUCAAUCUAUUGGCUGAGGGGAGUUAUUUUUUAAUGGGUACAGAGAUUCAGUUUGGGAUGGAGAUGGGGACUGGUAAUGAGAACAAUGAGAACAUAUUUAAUGCAACUGAAUUAUACUAUUGAAUAUAUAUAUAUGAGAGAGACAUAUAUAUAUAUAUACAUAUGUAUGUGUAUAAAUGGCUGGCUAAAAUUAUAAAUUGAUGUUAUGUAUAUUUUACCAUAAAACACACACAAACAUUCAGGAGUCAGAAGAUAUAUAUUAAGAGAUUCCCCCAGAAUAUUGGGGGGUGAUCUUUAUAGGCAAGAUCUCUAACAUACCUAUCCAAGACAGAUUUAACAGAUUUUACAUCAUUUUCUCUGGGAAUAUUUCAUUGCUGUAGACAGGAUUUUCAAAAUAAAUCAUCUGGUGUGUACACCAUGGCAGAAUUCUUCAAAACAGCAAGAGCAACAGAAACAACAAAACGCAAAUCAGUCUCUGGCCACCCCUCUUAGGACCAGAAUUACCAAGAUCUAGACAGCACUGAUUUCUUGACCCUGGAAAAUGGUCUAAUUACUCAUCACUUUGCUUUCUCCACUUACUUCGUCUUUUAAACGAUUAAAGUUUCCUACACUCCAUUCAGAAAGCAAAGGGAAACAAGAUUUCCUGUCCCCUCAAAAAGGAGAAGAUGAUGGAGAAGCAGGAGACCAGCUUUGGUUUAGUUUGGUGGGACUGUUGUAUAGAUGGGCUCCUCUGGAUUUCGUUGUUCAGAAGCAGGGUAGGGCACCUGGAUGAAACUUGAGGCCGAGGAAGGAAACAGGAAGAGCAGGCACUCUCAAGUGCCUGCGCUGGAGAUGCGUGGCACAGGAGAAGCAUGCACUGCCUGGACCAUGAUUUGUUGUUGUUCAGUCGCUCAGUUGUGUCCAAUUCUUUGGAACCCAUGGACUACAGCACGCCAGGCUUCCCUGUUCUUCACCAUCUCCCGGAGUUUGCUCCAACUCAUGUCCAUUGAGUCGAUGAAGGCACGCACUGUAAUAGCUAUCAGAAUUUAAGCAAACUAAUAGAGUGAUGACAUCACUUUUCUAGAUUUGUACCUUCCUUCUUGCGACUGGGAUCCUGGAACAUCAUCAUGUUUGUGUGCUUCGAGCAGCUGAAGCGAGAAUUGAUGAAGUCGAGGCAGACCAUGGACUGUGCGACCUAGUCCUCCUCGGGAAGAAGACGGAACAGACCAGUGGGGAUCUUUGCUAACCAGAUAAUUUUAAAAAGCAAGCGAAACUAUUCACUUUAUUUCACCCAGAUAAGGAAAUUCUGAUAGAGAGUUCUGGACUAUUUUUUUUCCAAGGGAAAACUACUAUUUCCUAUGACUUUUAUUCUCAGUAUUUUAAGGAAGGGAAAGCAAAACAUUCAAUGUAUACCCUGGCAAAUGUAAUAUCCAGAUAAGCUACUGUACCUAAUUGACUAUUUAAUGGGGGGAGGGAUUUUAUGAUUGAAUAUGAAGACCUUUAACAUGUUUUAAUUAUUAAUUCAAUUAUUAAUUGAUGGAAAAGGAAAACUGAGUGAAAUACACUUUAUCAAUACUUAAAAACGAAGUUUCCUUUUUAUUAACCCCGUUGUCAGUUAAUAUAUUCAAUAAAAUAUUGCUAACAUCUCUUAAAGUUUGCCUUUUUUGGAUCUGUUUCUAAUGUAAGAGUUGAGGUUCACCUGGGUUACAAAACUUCCCAAAUAACAAGGAAAGGUCUUGAGAAUCAAUGGGCGAAAACUUACUUUUAAUGUUAUUAGUACAGGCUUUUGAUUUUGAGAGUCCACAUUUUAUGGCAUCUAUAACAACUUCUAAGACACUGUGUUCAUUGGGGCACUGCUGUUAUUAGAAUCAUAGUAUCUAUCCUAGAAUCACAGAAUUUUAGAGCUAGAAGGUGCCUUUGGUUAGAUAGAGGAACAGAUUGAGAUGAAAAUUAAUCUACAUUGCAUCUCUCCAGCAAAGCCAACUUCGUCAUUUGCAUCUGUAGUAACCUUUUCAUUUACCAGCUGAGUACAGAAGGAAUAGGCAAAGAAUAAACAGGAGAUUAAAAGAAUUGUUCAGACAAAAACAAGGAGUGGCCACUAAAUGGCCAGGUAGUCCCCAGGCUGCCAGGCGCUGUGAGCUCCACAUCACAUUUACUAUUACGUUUCUCCUCCGUUGACUCUGAGGGUUCCCUCCCAUUUCUUUCCCUUAGUUGUUAACUGUAAAGCAUCUUGUUGCAGAUGACCUCAAUUUAAGGCUAGCUGAAUCCAGCUGAGACUACCCAAACUGUCUGGCUAGCCUACCCAUGUGUGAGGAGUAAAAUUGUUUUGUAGGUCACUGAGAUAUUUUUGUGGUUGGUUAUUGUACAUUGUAUUGUGGCAAUGACUGACUGAUACAAGAGAUGAGAAAAGACAUCCUUUCUUAAUUCUGAUCCCAAUAUUUUAUAAUUAAGUAUAUUUGCUAUAGUUCAUUUUAUAAAGAUAUAUUUUGUAAAAUUAAGGUAAUCCCUUUCUAUUUCUCAUUUGCCAAGUUUUUAACACGAAUGGAUAUUUAAUUUUUAUUGAAUGCUUUUUCUGUAUCUAUUAAAGAUCAUCAUAUGCCCAGUGGUAGGUUUGCUGGGUCAUAUGGUAGUUCUGUUUUUAUUUGUUUAAGGAAUCUCUGUACUGUUCUCUAUAGUGGCUGUACCAAUUUAUAUCCCACCAACAGUCCAAGAGGGAAGGUAUAUAUGUACACAUACAGCUGAUUCACUUCACUGUACAGCAGAAGCUAACGAACAUUGAGAGCAACUAUACCCCAAUUUAAAAAGUAGAUCAUAACAGUCUUAUGAAUUGCAGAGUGUACACAUUAAGUUAUUUGGAAAGUUCUGUGAAAACUAACAUUAUUUUAUUUUUAAAUGUGCUAACUCACUGGUGAAACCCAUAUGAAACUGCAGGUUUUUCAGUGGAAAGGUUUUUAAUUGCUGAAUCCAUUUAAUAGCUCCAGGACUUUUUUGCUUCUCUAUUUCUUCUCGGAUAGGUUUGAUAAAAUGUAUUUUUCUAGAAAUUAUUUCAUCUAAUUUUCCUAAUUUUGAUAUUAUUCAAUAUAUUCUUUUUAAUAUCUACAGUAUCUCUAGUGAUUUUUCAUAUUUCAUUCUUGACAGUAUUUAUUACUUGCUUUCUUUUUUAUUGUUAAUUUGUCUCACUAAAGUUUAUCAAUACUGUCAGUCUUCUCAAACACUUUGUUGAUCCUAUUAUAUGCAUUUUUUCUUUUCUAUGCAUCCAAGCUCUUGUCUUUGAUAUUUUCUUCUCUAUUUUCUUCAGGUUUAUUUGGUACUUCUUCUUCAAACUCCUUGAGACGAUUGCUUUGUCUUUAAAGCACUUCUUCCCUAACAUAUACAUUUAAAGCUAUAAUUAGUACUAACUUUAAUAAGGACUGCAUUUGCUGUAUCAAACCAGUUCCAUAUUUAGUUCAAGAUAAGCUACACACACACACACACACACACACACACACAGAGGAAUGCUUUGCAGCUUUAAAAAAAGUAUGGAAGCUAUGCAUUAACAUACAAACAGAUCCGUGAGCAACUGUGAAAACACGUUGCAGGAUAGUAUGAUUUAUUCCUAGCCUUUCUAAGAACAGGGGGAGGGGGGGGUGAUGGUAGUUUCUUUUCUGGUGUCAUAACCAAUUGUUCUUUUCCAAUAACCUUUUAAAUAGGUAAUCAGUAGAUGAGUUAAAGUCAUAAAAAUAAGAAAAUUUUCUGUAUAUUCUGAUUUUACCCUACAGGAACAUGAUUAAAGGAUUAAAUGAAAAAAGUAUUAUUUCAUGAACAUAAAUGAUAUAAAUAAGGGAUGAGGAAGAUGGGAAGGAAGCAGAAAUAUUAAUAGAGAGGCUUAUGACAAUUUCAACAUGUUUUUAUUUGCUCACAAAUUCCAAACAAAACGACAUUACAUUUCAACUAUUGCUUUUACAUAGGAAGUUAAUUGCUUUAUCCAAAGUAGACAGAAAUCUAUUUCUUUACGUUGCCAACCAGCACUCUUUCCCCUAGGGAAAGCUACUGCUUAAAUAUUUUUUGAAUACAUUGUUUAACAGAAACACAGCCUUGCCCUAUAAUAGUAAGGUAGUAGUUGGGUCUUACCUGCACUACAUUUUAACAUUUUUCUUAUUCAAAGCUGAAGCUAGGGGAAAAAAGGCUCACUCAUGAUUUUUCUCAGAUUUUUAUCAACUCCAGGAAUCCUCAUUUAAAAAUAUCGGAGAGGUUCAUAAAUAUGAAAUCGAAAUAAAGCCUCCCCAGAAGUUGGGUGGACCAUUUAUCCUGAGAAAAUAGCUGCUGGUCCCCAAUCACUAAUUCAAAAGGAUAAUAAACAUUAUUGCCCUUCAAGCCAAAUGUCUUCUCUUUGUGCUAAGAUAACAUGUAAUCUUUCCUGCUCUGGCAAUGAACACUCCUCCUUCACAUUCCUCUACUGUUUCUCCUUUUAGCAAAUCUUUGACCAAGUUCUAUUUCACUGAAUGCAAAGGGGGGAGAGAGCACAUAAACAACUACGGACACUGGAAUAAAAAUGAAGAGUACAUAUAUUUUCACAUAGAAAAAUACAUACAAAUCCAAGUAGCUCAUUUUAGGAAAAAAAAUCAGGACAGGCAUUUUUAAGAAAAAGAUUCUGCUUUCUCAAUUAUAAAUGGUGCCAGUAAGACACUGAUUUUUAUAUCUAACUAUAUCACCAUAUUUAUAUAUAUAAAGAGGGGUGGGUCUAAGUUCACUGAUAUCCCCUGAUUUCUCUCAAUUCUUUAAAGAUUGUCUUUCAGAAUGUAUUUAAACUGCAACUUGUAAUUAUAUUUUUAGACUACUUUUGUCACUGAUUCACUCUUCAGUCUGGCACACACAAAAAUUCAUUUCAACACUGAUUAACUUUUUUGAUGCUAAAGCGAACAAUUUUCCUUCUACUUCAAUUCUAUCACUACUUUGGUAUUGUAUUACUAUAGAAACAGGUCAGAUUCUAACUAUGGAUUUUUAGACUACCUAAAAUUCUAACAUACAUAUGUUGAAAGCAAGGAAAAGUAGGAUGGCAGACACAAUUAUCAUAUUUCUCUUUUCAUGUAUGUCACUAUCACAUGAAAAUCAGAAGGCUCAUGUUACAUUCUAAUUUACAACUGGUGACAUUUAGCUUGGCUUUCAAACUAUCAAAUCUUAGAAUCUAUUGGUGACUUUCAACCAACUUACCAUAGAAUUGUCUGAAAUGGUUACGGAUCAUCUUAAAAACAGAGCAAUAUAUUAUACAAACAAAGGUGGACUUAAAUAAUAUAUUAUUGAACAAAAUUUCAAAUGACAUUUAAAAACAUUAUUAUUAAAGAAUUAUUAAAAAGGUUUUUCUUCCCCCUAGGAGAAACUUAAUACUUGAAAAGUUUCCCAUUCUAUACUUCAAUCAUUCUUUAAAACCAUACUGACAAAGGUUUAUAUCAGUUCAAGACCUCAUCUGUUAAAAGAUUAAAUAUAAAGGUAAGUAUUUUCUAAGCAAAAACUAAAAGACUAACAAUCGCUUUCCAUGUAAUGGUAAACGUCCUGAUAAAAUGAACUUUAAUGGCUAAUACCUGAUUUUUAUCUCAUAGAACUCUGGCUGGAUGAUAAAGUAUGGAAAACAUUUAAAGAGAUGAAGUCAAGGUACUCCUAGGAUUGAGAAGUCUCCCACAAGAAACCUGUUUUAAAAUUCCUAUAAUACGGAAAAUCUAAACCACCAUUAUAGUAAAAUGGAGCCAAUUAUAACAUUUUAUCUUGUUGAGAAAAGAAGAAUUUCAAUGCAUGUACUUUUUUUUGGCAUGCACUGUUAAUGUAUGUGCUAUACAACACUGCAUCUGUUAUUUUCCAGCUGAAUAUUUUAUACCACUCUUCUCUUUGGCAAGUUUGAAGAGAGAAGUCUGUCAGUAGACAUAAACAAAUAUUUGAAAGUUUCAGGUCUUGAUAUAUUAUAUAAAAGCCAGUCCUUAAAUGCUUGAUAUGUACCACUUUAAAGAUGUAUUAACUAUCAUCACAUUUUAAAUUAUGUAUUUAACAGGCUGCUUUCUGUAGGAUUUAAGGAGGAUUUGGUAAUCAGAUGGACCUAUCUUUAAACUCUCUUAGUUUUGCUGUGAGUACAAAUGUCAAACACACAAAGAAGAAACUGUUCCUGUUAGAAUCUCAUCGCUUUAUAAUCCUUGGCAGCAGUCGCCGCUCUCCUGAGAUUUUCAGAGAAUAAAGCUGUACAAAGGCACAGCCAUCAUCCUCGGGCUACUUUAGGUCCCACAGACCAUUACAGAAAACCCACGAGGCCGCACAGCAUUAUCUAGAAACGUGGUGGCGUCGAAGCAAAGGGAAGCGAGACUCAACAGUGAGUAAAAUCAACCAACAUCGCUUAACUGAGAUCUUUAAAAAGCUUGGUUUUUCUCUUGCUAAAAUUCGAAGACAGCUUUAUUAAAAUAGCACCUGUUCUUUGAGUAUAAUCAAGAUUUUCUUAGCAGAGCAUGUCUUUUCAUAAACGUACACAGACAGAGAGGCCUCAUAAAAGCCCUCACAUCAAGCACUGAAAUUUCUUCUCUGUAGCUGAUAAAAAAUACUGAAGAUGAGAAAGUCUUUAAAGCUUUAGAAUUACACUGUGAUAUUUCAAAGUGUGUUAUUUAAAAACAAAAGAGCUAGUCACUAAUACUUCAUUCUCGCAUUACCUAUCACAUGAAAUAAUCAGAAACACCAAAAAGAAGCCCAUAGUUCUGUCUUCUCUGACAAAGAGUGUCUCUCUAUACGCUCCUGUUGCUCCUAUGAGACAACACUGCGACGUGUGAUUGAGAUGCAAACAAAGAGAACCAUGACGAACUAUUCUGUUAAUUAACCUACAAAUAAAAUAAGGCAAAGGAAAAAAAGACCAUUUCCAGACUAAAAACCAGAAACUCUUAACAGAGCUUUGAAAAGAUACCAACUUGAUAGUUACAACACAUAAAAAUGAAAACUGACUUUUACACAUUUUAAUCAAUCAAUUUAACAAAAAUUGAUUUGUACCUGAUUUGUACUUUUACACUGAAUGGGUUAAGUCCCAAGCUCCAAACUGCAGCAGUUCAUGCGACUCUACAGAGGGGAUCUUUGGAAGAUAAGGUACCUUUGGAGGACAGUGUAUUACCAAGUGUAAACAUACACUGAUUGUCCACUAGCUUUCUUAAAUAGAAUUUCUGAAAUAUUUUUGUAGGAAAUUAUAUAUAAGGUGUGUAAUUGAUCAGAUAAUUUCUGGUACAACAUAUAAAUUCUGUCGUGUGUGCAAAAUGUGGUAGAAAUAGAAGAUACUACGGAUGAGUCAUAUUUUUAAAGUAAGUGAUACAUUACAAUCCAGUAAGAGUCCUUUAAUCUUUUCAUGAAACUUCUCUCUGUACACGUUGAAAUACAUAAUGCUUUCUGGCUUUUCCUCGAACCAAAACUUGUCAAAUUCAUACACAAGAUAAC